AUGAAUAAUAAUAUUGAACAAAAAUGGGAUAAAGUUUUAGAAGAUAUAGUUGAUUAUGUGAUUGGAUUUGAUGUUGAAGGUAAUUCAAAAGAAGCAAUGGAAACAGCAUUUUUAGCAUUAUUCGAUACAAUUGGUUGUGGAUUUUUAGGAUUGAAAUCUACUGGUUGUACGAAAUUAAUGGGACCAACAAUUCCAGAUACUAGAAUUCCAGGUGGAUGUAGAGUACCAGGUACAGAUUACCAAUUGAAUCCAAUUGAAGCUGCAUUCAAUAUCGGUUGUAUGAAUAGGUGGCUGGAUUUCAACGAUUGCUGGUUGGCAAACGAAUGGGGACAUCCGAGCGAUAACAUUUCUGCAAUUAUAGCAGCUGCAGAGUACAUAAGUAAUGAUAAUAUCAGUAAAAGUAAGAAACCAUUAUUAAUGAAGGAUAUACUAUGUGCAAUGGUGAAAUGCUAUGAAAUCCAAGGUGUGUUGGCAUUGGAUAAUAGUUUCAACAAGAUAGGACUCGACCAUGUUAUAUUGGUUAAAAUUGCAAGUACCGCCGUUACAUGUCAUUUAUUGGGUGGUUCGAGAAUACAAAUAUUGAAUGCACUUAGUAAUGCAUUUAUCGAUGGCCAUCCAUUGAGAACGUAUCGUCAUUCCCCCAACACGGGCUCAAGAAAAGGCUGGGCAGCCGGUGACGCCGCCUCAAGGGCUGUCCAAUUAUCACUAAUGGCAAUGGCUGGCGAGAUGGGUUAUCCCACCUGUUUAAGCGCACCUAAGUGGGGAUUCUACCAUGUGUACAUGUCAGACAAGCCAUUCCAAUUCAACCAACGAUCAAACUACUCAACCUACGUCAUGGAGAAUAUUCUAUUCAAAGUUUUAUACCCAGCUGAAUUUCAUGGCCAAACAGCAAUUGAAUGUGCAAUUCAAUUACAUCCAAUAUUUCAAGAUAAAGGUGGCCUAAAUUCAGUUGAAUCCAUUACAAUUGAAACUACUGAACCUGCAAUAAGAAUAAUCGACAAACGUGGCAUACUUCGUAACCCAUCGGACAGGGACCACUGUCUACAAUUUAUUGUAUCGGUUGCUUUGAUAUUUGGUGAAUUGAAAUCAUCACAUUACGAAGACCAAGUAGCCAUCAAAGACACCAGAAUCGAUCUACUUCGUGAAAAGAUAACAUGUAUUGAAAACCUUCAAUUCUCAUUAGACUAUUUAAAUCCUGAUAAAAGAAGUAUUGCAAAUUCAAUAACAAUUCUAUUUAAAGAUGGUGAAACUCAUAAACAUCAAAUUGAUUAUCCAAUUGGUCAUCGUAACCGUCGUUCUGAAGCCAUACCAUUACUUCAACAAAAAUUUUUAAAUUCUUUAAAUUCAACUCUUUUCACAUCUUCUUCAAUCGAUCAAAUUAAAAACCUUUAUGAAAAUCCUUCAAAAUUUAAUAAUCUUUCAAUUUUAGAUUUUAUGUCAAUAUUUUCUUUAUCAAUUGCUUCAACACCAAUUUCUUAA